UUUAACACGGGCGGUAUAGGCCUGCCUCGCCUCUUGUAUACAGUCUCCAUGCACCCAACCCUGGAUAGGAUUAGCGUACAUAUAGUGGCGUAGCUAGCGUGGAUGUUUAAUAAAUAAAUAAAAACAAUAUCGAUAUUUCUACUGUUAACGAAUCUAAGUAUCUACAUUUGUAGCUAUUACACACAGCAAACAUUGAAGAAAUUUGUUUCGUUCACCUCAUAUCGACAAUUCCAGCGAAGACAAUCUGAGCAAUAGUCUAAAUAACGAAAACAUGUUGUAGAGAUUAAAUAUAAUAUUUCAAACAAAAUCUAUAAUUAGACAUCUGAAUAAAUACUAUCAAGAACAUCAUUAAUGAACUAUGCAUAAUUAAACAAAUAUAUAUGUUUGUGAUAUAUACAAAGAAAUCUUUAACCAAGGUCUACUUCAGAUAAGUCAAAAUAAUUAAAUUAAAAAUGGGAAAUAGUUAUUAUAUUGACGAGGAAGUUAUAGCAAAUCUUAAAGAAGAUUAUUUGGAAGCUAGAAAAUUAUUAGAUGAAGAUAGCAAAAACGAUCUAGAAACUGAGCCUUACAAGAGCAAAUAUGCAGCCAUGAAGAAAUUCAAAAAUAUGCAGAAUCUUCUUUCCAAUUUUGUUGACAAUGCACAACAAGAAACCGAAGUAACAGCGAUGCUUGCUGUUGUAUAUUUGAAUGAGGGCAUUAUUGCUACUGACACUGAAGAAUUGAAAAGUGGUCAAGAUUAUCUUAUGAAUUGUAUUAAUGUUCUAAGUAAAACUGAAAUAAAUGCAAAGUCCAUCUUACCAAUGUUGAGUGCAUUAAACCAAUUGGGGAUUCUUUGGUCAAAACUAGAUGAUACAUCCAAAGCAAAAGAGUACUUAGAAAGGGCAGAAAAACAGUUUAAGGAUUAUAAAUCUCUCAAGAUAAAAGAAUCUCCUCCAGUCAAUAUGUCUACUUUAUUUGGCAUAGAUGAUUCAAAUGAGCCACUAGCAACAGAAAUUAUGGAGAAAUUAUAUACACUAACAUUGUAUUAUUUAGCACAAAUAUAUGGUAAUUUAGGCGACUUGAUUAAAUCUUCUGUAUAUUGUCAUAUGACUUUAAGAAGGCAACUAGAAAUGAAUGAUUUUGAUAGUAUUGAUUGGGCAUUAAAUUGUGCAACACUGUCUCAGUUUUUCAUGGAAAAAGAAGGAUUUCAGCAAGCUAGGCAUCAUCUUGCUGCUGCAACACACAUUGUUGGAAAGUAUGAAGAUACUUUAAAAGAAAUGAGUUCUAAAGAGCUUCAUAAUGAAAAUGAGAAAGAAAUAUUAGACUCAAAGUGGGAAAAUUUUAGACAUAGGAGUGCUGAUAUUUCUAGAUGUUGGGCAAAGUACGGAAUCUUGUUGUUAUCUUCCUCAAGAGAUCGUUUAAUUGAAAAAAAUGAAAAUGUCAAUGACAAGUUUAUGCCUGACAGUGCAAAUAUGCAAGCAGAUCCCAAAUCAGACAUCACCCAAGAAUGUUUAAACAAUUUAAAAUUCUAUUCUAUAAAAAAUGAUAUUGCACAUAUUGCUAAUAACAUUAUUGACAAAUAUUUAUUAGAUUUUAAUGACGCUAAAGCGGUAUUUUUAAAUGUACAAAAGUGGCUUGAUGAUGCUAAAACAUUCUAUACAUUGGAGAAUCAUGCAUCUGAUUAUAUACAAAUUAUUCAAGACACAUCUCAACUCUACAAGUACUUGUCAUUCUUUGAAGAGGACGAAGAUAGGCAAGCUAAAAUGCAUAAGAGGAGGAUAGAUUUGUUGGAAAGUACCAUUAAAGAAUUGAAUGAGAGGUAUUAUCUGAAUGCUUGUCGGCAGAUUUGGAUGGAACUCGGUGAAACGUAUUCGGAAAUUUUAGAUAUAAAAUUAGAUCGCCUAAAGGAUUCUGAUGAACGACCGACUCCUCAUAUACUAUCCAAAAUAAAUCACUUGGCAAAAUCAUCUAUUCAUAAUUUUGACAAGUUUGUGGAGUCAGUAAAGAAAGACACCAAAAAUGACAAGUUUACAGAUGAUUUGGUCAGACCAACCCUCUGUGCAUAUUUCCAUUUAGGUAGAUUAUACAAUAAAUUUAUAACACCAGAUAAAAAAUUGCAAGUGGAUAACUUGAAGAAAAGUUUGGAUGCUUAUUCAUAUUUGGUUAAUUACUGUGAAAAGGAUCAAAAAACUGCUGCGUUAAUGUCAGAAGAGCUCAAUAUAUGCAAGGACUUUGUGAAGUUAUUACCUGUAAAAAUGAACAAGUUGACAUACGAAAUUUCUCGUGCUUCAUGAAUUGUUGACGUUUUUGAACGUAUAAUAUUCUUUUUACCUCAGGAUAUAAUUUUUCAUGUAAAUUGUGUGUAUUUGUAAUUAUUAAGGUUUUCCCAUUAUAAAGUAAAUUUAUGCAAGGCAAUUUUGUUAUAUAAAGAAAAUUUGUUCUAUAUUUAUUCUAAUUUUUUGCUUUUUAAAUUUUACUUUGCAAAUUUUUAAUUAUCAAUCAGCACAAACUUAGAAAUUAUAAAAAUUAUAUUUGUACACGAAGAAUAGGUAUGUCCAAAAAUUUUUUUUGA